AUGAGCACGAAUUCGAGUGUCAACGGGCCGGUCAUUGAGGGCGAAGGCCCCAAGCGCUACGCCAAGACUCCGCACCUCUGGGCGCUGGGUGUGGGCGCCGUCAUCAGCGGCGACUUCUUCGGCUGGCAGGCGGCACUGGUCGCAGGUUUCGACGGCCUCCUCAUUCUUCUCGCCGUGGUGACCGUGCAGUACGUGCUGCUGUCGUUCUCCAUCGCCGAGUUGUCGGCCACCGUUCCGCACGGCGGAGGCCCCUACGUGUUCGCGCUGCACGGCAUCGGCAAGACCGCGGCCUUCUUCGCAGGUAUCGCCGAGUGUCUGAAGGUGGUGGUGACCACGGGUGUCGCUGCGACGGGCAUCGGCUCGUACUUCGCUGAGAUCAUCGGUGUCAGCUCGGACUUCGGUCCAAUCUGGUGGAUCGCCUGCUACCUCAUUUUCGUCACGCUCAACGUCAUGGGCGUCGAGAUGACGUUCCGUGUGCAGGCAGCGGCGACUGCCAUGUCGACCACCAAGAACAUGCCGCGUGGCCUCGUGACGUCCAUCAUCACACUUAUCGCCAUCUCGUUCUGCACGGUCAUCUUCAACUCGAUGAUCAGCCCUGGCGCCGACGAAAUGUACGCCAACGCCUCGCCUCUUCUUGAAGGCUACAAGACCGUGUUCGGAGACAACAGCACCACCUCGGGCUUCACGUGGAUCUUGAUCGUCGGACUCAUCUCGAGCUUCCACUCGUUCGUCUUCUGCAUGGGCAAGCAAGCUGCUCUGCACCCGACCCGUGGCACGACCUACGUCGCUCUCAUCACGGGAAGCAUCAUCGCUCUGGUGCUGGUCAUCGUGCUGCACUUUGCCAUUGGUGACAAUCGCCUCGGCUCCGUGCUGAUCAAUCUGGCGCUUAUUGGAGCCAUCGUGUCGUACCUGUUCCAGCUCACGGCCUUCGUCAUGCUGCGUAUCCGGGAACCCGAACGCCCCCGUCCGUACAAGAGCCCCUUUGGCAUCCCCGGUGCCGUGGUUUGCAUCAUCCUGUGCAUCUUCUCGCUCGUGUCCAUCAUCUACAGCGGCACCUCGAGCUGGGUCUUCCUGGCCUCGGUGCUGGUGGCCAUUGGUUACUUUAUCAUUGGCGCCGUGUACUUUGUGUACCGCGUGAAGCCUCGCCUGGAGGUGGGCAACGGCCCCGUGUCGGCCAAGGAAUUCCGCGAGAACCUCAUGAGCUCCCGCGUGUCCAACAAGGUGUAA